GGAUCCAAAUAUGUGGGCUAGGCAUAGAUUCAGUCCUAGAACCAAGUGUGACAUGUUAUUGAACAACUUGUGUGAGUGUUUUAAUUCUUGGAUUUUGGCUGCAAGGGAUAAACCAAUACUUACAAUGCUUGAGAUGAUUAGGUGCAAAAUAAUGAGAAGGUUACAAGUUAAGAGGGACUUGAUUAGUAAAUGUGAGGGUCCAAUUUGUCCAAAGAUCCAAGGCAAGCUAGAGAAAAACAAGACUUUAUCUCAUAGAUUCAGACCAAUGUAUUGUGGCAAUGGAUUGUUCCAAGUGGGGGACACAUUAGUUGAUCAACAUUCUGUGAAUUUGUGGACCAGAACUUGUAGUUGCAGGAGGUGGGAGCUCAAUGGAAUACCCUACAUGCAUGCAGUUUCUGCUAUAUUCCAUAAUAGGCAAGAAGCUGAACAAUUUGUGGAUAAAUGUUACACACCAGAGGCUUAUUUGAGAGCUUAUUCUCCAGUCAUACAACCAGUCAAGAGUAUGAAGUAUUGGCCAACAGUUAACCAAACACCUGUCCUACCACCAAUUGUAAAGAAGCAACCUGGGAGGCCUAAAAAAAGGAGAAUAAUAAAGGAUUCUGAAAUGGAAAAGAAUAAGGAUCCCACCAAAUUGGGUAAGAAGGGGGGUACUAAAACAUGUACAAAGUGUUGGGAGAGAGGCCACAAUAGAACAACAUGCAAAAAUCAACCUCGAGAAGCUCCAAGUGGUGUUUAUGUUGACAAAAGGUGGGCUUAUAAAUUUCAAGAUGACAGCCAUCGUGGGGGUAUGAGGAACAAUGAAAUGGACAGUAGCAAUGGAAGUUUUGGAGAAAACCAAACUCCUCCAACUCAGAGCUCUAACGUACAACAAAGUUGUGGUGGAUUCUUUGUGGCACAAGGGGAUGUAACUGGAGAGCCAUCAAGACAUGGUCUUAAGAAGAAUACAAGACCACCUAAAUGGCCAUUGAAGAAAGCUACAAAAACACAUAAGGUAACAGUGAACAAAUCCCAACCUAGAUACUUUAAUCCUGCCAAUUUUCAUCCACCUCAAGAAAUUGUACAACCAACCAUCACCACGGGUUUUAGAGGGGGUACUUUCAUUACACCAAAUGCGCCAAGGAUCCCAAUUGCAAGUCAAAUAUCGACAAGGCCAGUUGUAACCCCUUCUUUGCAAGCCAGGACUCCGAUGCUACAAACAGCCCCAAAGUCUAAUAUGUCCAGGCCUAGAGGGGUCACUUGCAUCACACCAAAUCUGACAAGUACAAUUACAGUCCCAACUUCUUUGCAAGCCAGGCCUCUAAUGCCACAAGCAGCCUCAUACUCUCAUAUGUCUAGGCCUAGCAUGCACACCACACCACAAAGUUCAUUUCGAACUUCAAAGCCAUGGAAACCACCUAGCAAAGUUGCUUGUACAAAAAAAGCAACUACAAGUUCACAAAAAAAGCAUAUUUGAUUCUACUUUGAGCUGUUUUGGUAUUUUUGGGCAGUUGAAACAAAGUUAUUUUGUGAAGAGAAGACCAUGUAGUACUCGUCUUUCGUGCAGAUUCAAUUUUAUUUUGUUAGUUUGGAAUUAAGGCAUGGAAUUGCUUUUUGGUACAUGUACAUUGAAACUCAAACUAGUUUUUUGUGAUCUUGAUGUAUUGUCAAUAAUGGA